AUGACCCUCUUGCAGAUGCAUCCAUUGGAUCAUGAGGUAACUUGGUAUAACGCCCAGUAUCAGUACCGAGUAUGGCGAGGUAAAGAACCCCGGUGUCGCUGCCGGUACCGCUUUGAGAAACCGCGGUCCCGCCCGGACUCUUCGCCAUCACUCUUCAGGGUCAAGUGGGAACUGAGAAAAGAGCUUUUCCAUGGCAUGGCAGGGAAUAGGCACGUAGGGACGUUUGAAGGUGUCAAGUCCGAGAGCCCUAAACGGUAA